AUGAAGGAGGAGAUUGAGAUGACUGACGAAGUUCUUGGGAAAGGAGGUUGGGGAGAAGUCAAGGUGGCCAAAUUUCGUGGCCUUAGAGUAGCUGCCAAAUGUCUUUAUGAAGUUAUCCUGUCACCAUAUAACAUAUCAGUUUUUACAAGAGAAAUGGAGAUUGCUGCUCGAGUACGUCAUCCUAAUCUCCUUCAGUUCAUAGGAGCCACUAAAGUGGGUACUCCUAUCAUCCUCUCAGAACUAAUGCCAACUAGUCUUCGCAAAGAGCUAGAAGCUGGUCCUCUACCCUCUCCUGCUGUUCUGACUAUCAGUCAAGAUAUAGCCUGUGGUCUCAACUAUCUCCACCUCUUUAAACCAGACCCUAUAUUACAUAGAGAUGUAGCACUGCUAAUGUACUUCUUACUCGUGGUGAUUACAGUUGGAGAGCCAAGGUAUCAGACUAUGGUUCAGCUAAUCUUCAACCAAUGA